UUUUUCUGUGAGAAACAUACUUCUAAAAAUACCGUAAUAGGCUAGAUAUCAACCAAUCGGCCACUGACCCUGGAGCUCUGCGUCACCACUCUGCCCUCCCGCUGGUUACAGAGCAGGAGAAAGUGUCUGUAGCCUUCAGUUGAAAGUGGGCAGAACAAAGGGAAGCGGAGGGGAGGAUGAAAUAGAGGGAGUGAAGUUAUUGAACGGCUAGCGACUGCGCUUCACGCUACUGUUUUUAACUCCCCACAGCUCCGCAGCAGUCAGUCGGUCAGUUGACUCCCGCGAGGCACCAGGCCGGUCCGGUUGGGAAGGAGAACAAAGGCACGAGAUGCUCACCGGUUUCCCGGAGGAGGCAUGUCAGCCGGUGGCGGUGUGCAGCGCGUGCUGCUGUUAAUUAUCCCGCUGUUUCUACUCGCGCUACAGAUCCUGGUCGGGCUCCGGUUGCCGCGAGCAGACAACGCAGGUAGCCCCGGGGUCUUUAAGGACGGGGUCGCCUUCACCGUGAUCAGCAUAGAACCGGAGAGAAGAAGCGCGCGCCAAACCGGAUCUUUGGUAUUUUUACGGGAUGAGGAGACGGGAGCGAGCCGCGGGUACGAGGAUGAAAACGAGAUGCCCAUUGGCAACCGGGAGAGAGGUAGAGGGUUUGAGCUGCAGCAGUGGGCAUCAGGUGAGCCCUCCUUCACUGCAGAGCUGGAACGUGUCAUCGCUUACAUUACCACACCACAGGUGAACUGUUCCCGGGUGCUGCUACCAGGCGAGUCACACGCUUCACAGGUCUCUGGAGCUCUCUGGCUGCUUUGUGUGGAGGGCUGGAGCCUGCCAAGCCAGGGUCCUCCGUGUGUAGCAUACUCUUUCAGUAUGGAUGAAGGUGAUACAGGGUUCCUAGAGGCUCUCUCAAAGGCCUGUGAAGUCCACAGAUUUGACCCCAGUGGUCACCAUGGUGACAGAGCCAGCAGUGGUUACCGUAACCGUGGUGACGAUGGUUCUGGUGGUUUCCGACAGCACCGGGUGUGGCUGGACUGGCGAGCAGCGAGAGGACGCAAGCAGAAGAAGAAGGGGGUUCUGGGUAGCGGGUCCCGGACACUCGAGGACAUCAUGGAGACUCUGGGACAUCACACGGUGGACUUCCUGUAUGCUGACCUGCUGAGUGCUGAGUGGAGGGUUCUGCAGAACUGGGCGGAGCUCGGAACUCUAGGGCGCGUCAGUCACCUGGUUGCCACGGUGCACCUCCAGUGGGCCGGCUUUGAGGUCGGCGGGACAGAGGCUGAGGUGGUCCGUUAUUGGUUCAGCGUUCUACAGGGGCUCCAGGACGCUGCGUUUCGAUUGGUCCAUAGCUCUCCGGGGGCGGGAAAAAGCGUCCUCCGGCACAAAGUGGAAAACGCACACAGCUCUUAUACACUAAGCUGGGUUAACACUGGGCCUAUACACUGAGACAAACACAUGCGCACGCCUUACGCACGCACGCACACACAACACACUUUCUCCCCCCCUCUCACACACACAUCAGAAUAGUCAGUGGCUAUGUUCAAGAGCAUCAAAACCGUGAUGUAUCAUGUGUACGUUCAUGUGACUGACUGACUGAUCUACAAGUAAUAAUGAGUCGUUAUUUAUGAUGCAAGGUGAUUUGCAGAUCAGUCAAUCUGCAGUCACCUGCGCUGUUGGCUGCAAUGUCGAACAAGCUCAGUCUCUCACUGACUGGUGUCAGUCAGUAAAAUUCCACUGCAUUGUGUCCCUCUGGUGGUGAAAAAAAAGAACCUACACCAGUGUUACCCAGUCGAAGGGUCAGGAACUAUUAGUCGGUUGCAACCAAAACCACUCCCUAUUGGGUCAGGGCUUUAUUUUGAAGGUUUAGGCAGGUCCCUCACCUAAAACCUUGCAGCCAUAAAAACAGUCUGGGCAGUGGGCUCAACAAUAUUCUGGGAACCAGCCAGCUAGCCACUGCCUAGAGAUUAGCCUGCCUAUUCUAUUAACCAUUACAGUUAGGCAAUACAGUCUGGCAUAGCUUGGCAUUGAGCACACCCUUGACAACUGUUGAAUGGUAAUAAAGUAAUCUAUUCUAUCUGGGACUUCUCACUGCAGAAACAGAGAUCAGGGGUCAACGCCAGUCCUUCAUUCAAACAAUUUAGUCACCUUUGCCUUAUUAAUCAUUAAGGUUUUAUGUACUUUUUAUACAUUUGUAUAAUCUACUUAUGUGAGUUGAGCAUGAAUAUAGUAUUUCUUUGUGUGAAAAUUACAGUGUUAUUACUUGGGGUGGGGUUGAUUAUCUGCCGACGUGCAAUGUAAAGACAUUUAUUGAUUUCAAAGAUGCUUUCAUAUUUUUAUAAGUGCAAUAAAAACAGUUUUG